GGCGAUUUUGAUGGAUGGGAGUGUGCUCUGAACGGGUCGAAAUCAUUCCAAACGUGUGGUGUGGUGCAAAUUUUGUUGAAGCUCACAUGCGAUGAUAUUGUCACUUUUCGUGGCAGGCGCAGGACUUCAGCGAUAUGCUAUUCUAAGGCAUUUGGUGGGCUUGUUGCUAUGCUUGCCGGAAGUCACCCGCAAGAUCAGCAAGUCCUGGUCGGCCAACUUGAUUUGCCAUGCAUCCUUGUUGGGCGCUGGCGCGGGCCUGGCGCACCUUGCAUGGGCACUGUUCCGUUUGAAGGAUGCAGAGAGUGGGUCAAAGAACUUGCCUUUGUCCGUGGUGGUUUUCAUUGCGGGACUUCAUGUGAUGAGCAUCAUCACCUGCAUACCCAUGAAUCUGCACUAUUCCACAGAGUAUGCCUAUGUUUUGAUGGUCUUUGGUUUUCACUUGUUUGGCUUCGCUGCCAACCUCCUAAGCCCGUUGGCCUGAACCUUUGACGAUUCCUACCUACCUUCUUUGCCAAUACUUUGGCUCAUCUCCGGCUUUGACACGAUCAUUGCCGUGGUGGUGCGAGGGCCGGUGCUGCUGUGGAGCAUAGUCAUGCUGAAACGUUUGUGGUAUAUAGAUGGAGCUUGGCUCAUAUUACUUGCGGGGACAUUGGGAACAAUCACCACUAUACCUGCAACGACUCUUUUGCUUAUUGGAUCCUUAUCAAAAUUCCGAUAUUUAAUCAAUCGUGCCCAAAUCAAAGAUGAUUAAUU